UCAACCCACACCAACCCCUCUAACCCUGACGUCCUCCAUGUGGACUUCUAUGACCCUUCCUCUCGUAGGCGUGGUCUCGACUUGGCCCCGCCAUCUCCUUCAUCACUGGCCCAUGAGCUGCAGGGCGGUGACUCGACCUCCUGGGCGAUGCCAGAUAACUACGACUACCUCACACCCUAUGAGGAUGGCGUGUCCCCAACUGCUGAUGAGUACACCUACAGCACCGCGACCGACGCCUACGAGAGCGAUGAAGACCUCCGGCUGUCUGCUGGGUCUCCGGCUCGCUCCAGGCCGCGGGUCCCAGGGUCCAGCUCCUUCAUCCCUGGUGCAGGAGCCCCGGUACCAGAUGUCCCCGUGGCAGCUCCUCCGGCGGCCUCUCCGGUAGACGGCUCGGACGGUAUGGGUGGAUGCCGUGUUGGCUACCAGAUGGUGAAUGGAAGCUGUCGCUCGCCCUGCGAGAUGCUGCCCAACUACUGCUUCAACGGGGGACAGUGUUAUCUGCUGGAGGGGACGGGCGUCCUCUGCAGGUAUAACAUCACCUGAACACAAACACAAAGC